AUUUUUUUUAAGAUGCAUAAAAAUUAAUAAUAUAGGUGUUCUAAAAAUGUUAUGAAAUAAAAUUUAUGGAUAAAAAUGUGACUAAAGUUACUAUAAAUAUGUUUUCAUGGUCAUUACGGUAAAUUAAUUGAACAUAUUUAGUCACUAAAAGUUAUUAAGUCAUUUUUUCAUCCACCAUUAUUAUAAUCAUAUAAUAGGAAACAAUUUAUAAAUUAUAGUGGUAUAUUAUAUUGAUUUUAUAUUAAAGCUAAUUGUUUCGGGUUUUUAUCGGUCCGGGCAGGGGUUAUAGAUUUUAGGGCCCGUUAAUGAGCCCGAAAUUUUGGGUUCGAUCCAGUAUUUUUUAUUCAGGCCAGUCAAAAAGAAAAAACUCGGACCGAUAUCAUAAUUCAGGCAGGACCAGGGCCGGUUUCUGGGUUUCGGUUCGGUUUUCCCCACCCCUAAUUGGUAGAUUGGGGUACAACAACAUGCAAGUUUCGAGUUCAAAUUCUGAUAACUGCGAUGAGACUUUACUAUUUAAAAAUGCACAAAAACUUUGCAAGUAAUUGCAACAAAACCUAAGCAUGUAAUUAGACAGGUAUAUAAUGAAUAAGAACACUAACAUACACUAACAUAAAGCAUUAUAGUAUUACCGACCCAAACUAACAUUAAGGGAGUCUUUCGAUUGAUCGAGUGACAAACAAACCAUAAUGGAAUCGAUCAUUUAUAUUAUACAAGUAUUCAACUUAAAUCAUGACGAUCCAAAGAAAACUUAAAUCAUGCAUAAAGUAGAGGUGAUUUCCCAAAAUACGGGAAAGGUUAACAUCACGAAAUAACGGGGAUAAAUUUAGGGUUUCCCAAAUUACGGGAGUCGGAUUCACAUCUUCCGACUCGUGGAAGGCUUUUAAAAAAUAUUAAUCCCAAAUGUAGUCGGAUUACCCUAAUCCGACAAAACUAUUUUUUUAAUAAUUCCUAUCGGAAUUACACAUUCCGACCAUCUUUUUUUUUUGAAUUUAAUUAUUUGUUUUUGUAUUGCACGAGUAGUAAGGUUAAGUUUAUUAUUAAUUUGUAUUAUUGAAUUUUAAAAUGAAAAAUGUCCUAGUCGGAAUUGACCCUUCCAACUACAAACAAUCCCCAAUAUUCUAUUUAACACAUCUUGCUAUUCUAUUUAAGGCAUUCGUCCAACUAAAAAUUGGAAAUUCAAAAUGGGUGUGAGUAAACAAAUAAUUUACCUCAAAAAUUAAAAAAAAAAGAUGUCGGAUAGACGAAUUCCGACAGGAGUAAAAUGGAGUAGUUGAUCCUGACUCCAUAAAGUACAUGCAUAUUUGGCUCAAAUAGUUAAAAAGACAUUAGAUUUUGUAAACAGCGGUUAAAAGGAGAAAUUAAUAGUUGUUUGAUAAGUUUAAUUUAAUGUAUCUGAUUUUGUUUAAGAAAUUAUUGCAAGGAGUAAAACAUUAUUUUCAAAAUAAAACAAACCUACUCAAAAUAUUUAAUUUCUCAAACAAAAUAAUACUAGUAAUAAUUUUUAGGAAGGUUCUUAAAAGUGUUGUCAAACGUGCAAUUAAAACGUUAUAGACACUCUUUAAAUGGUACGUAUUACAAAAUUAAAUGCAAAAGACUUGUAAUUGAUCUUUGGCGGACUACGAAUAUCUGUUGAUGUGGUAUUAGGAAUCUCAUUAUGUUUCUCUUUUAGUACUGCGACAUGUCACAUAGUAGAACUUAUUGUGUACGAAAAACUAUGUGCAGUGUUUCUUCUAAUGAAUUGUUUCCAGACAUUGAAUAAAUGCAAUGUUUGUUAGCUGAUCUCGGAUAAUAAAGUAAUACUCCAUCCUUCCCUUGUUUCAAAAAAGGUGGAAUCUCCCACCUCGACCUGACAGGAUGGUGGAGAAGUUAGUCACGGUGAUUCAGUCAACAGAAUGGCAGUAGGUUCAUACACCCGUGCGCACCAGAGGCCCAGCCUUAUUUCAGGUUCUGUGACCUCCACCCGUGCGGGUAAUACUCUAUCCUUCCCUUCCCUAAAGGAUGACACCCCAUCCCUGAGGCCCCCCAACCCCGAUCGAACAGUACGUUGGGAGGAUGUAAGUUGAACUAUAAUCCCAAUCUGACAGAUAGAGAGUGAGGCUCUGUAAAGGCGAGGGGGACUUGUAGGGUUUUACCUUAUCUAUAGAAAUGCUGGAUUUUUUGCAUUACUCGAUAAAUUAAGAAGAUUUCCCUUUUAUUUGAUUUAUCCAACCGUUUUUGUCACAAUGACAAUCACCGUUGUCCCUUUUUUGUCUGAUUUUUUUAUCUACCUCGGUUCUUCUUCAUUUUCAGGCCAGUCCACAGACUGUUUCUUGAGAUAAAAUUACCAAAAUACGGGGUUUGCCAUCUGACAAAAUUACGGGAGUCAGAUUUGGAGAAUCCGACUAGGGUAGGGCUUCCGAAUUAGGGCUUGGAUAAAGCGAAUACGUUGUCGUAAUUGGGGAAUUCGACAAGGGGAAUGCAAAAAAUUAAAUAAACACCUAGUCGGAAUUGGGGAAUCCGACUAGGGGAAUUGUGAUAAAUUUUUAUUUUUUCAAAUCGCAUACGUUUUUAUUUGUUGUUUGUUGUUCAUUUAUUUUAGCAACAAUAUGGUCGGAAUUGGUGAAUCUGACAAGGUUUUUAUGGUUGUGAAAUAUUUUACGUGUUUAAUUUGUGGCCUAGCUUUUUACCAAACUCCAACCACAACAACUCCUAUAAAAUCCGUUGAUUUGUUCUCAAAAUUUUCAAGCACACUCCAAAAACACAUCUCUCUCUCUAAUAUAUUCAUUACUACCCCCGUCCCGGAAUUAUCUCCUUAUUUGACUGGGCACGGGUUUUAAGAUAGUGGAAAAUGUGCUGUGGAGAGUUGUGCAGAGGAAAGAGAAAUGUGUAAUAUGGUUGUGAACCACAAAUUCUUUGUCAAAAAAGGAAAGAGGAGAUAAAUUUGGGACGGACCGAAAAGGAAAGAAUGAAGAUAAUUCCGGGACGGAGGGAGUAUUUUUUGUUUAGGCACUGUCUUCGCAUUUAACAAUGUCCACCGAGGGCAAUACUAUUGUUAUGGUUCAUUGGAAUAGCUCUACAUCUCAAAAAGAUGAUGAAAUAGAGUACUCCAUACCUCCUAGGGCGGUACUAUUCAUUAGUGAAGGAGAUAAUUAUACUACUCCUAGGGAGUAGUAUACAUGAGAAUGUUCUAAAUCAUGUUAGAGGCGACGGAUUUUCCAGAGUUAAAUUAAUUUUUACAGAAAAUUGCCAAAAUAUAAGAAUUCGGUAUAUGUUACUUCUAGAUUAUGGUUCAUCCACAAUGAGCAGACAUGGCGUCAUUUUUUCCGGAUCGCUAAAAAUAAGUAUGAGCAAUUGCACAAUUACGUGGAAGCUUCAGCGACCCCACCACAAAAUUUAACGUUCCACGGAACUCCCGGAGAGGAAGGCCCAUCAUCAGUAUAUUGUCGGAGGAACAACCGCCAAACGUUUCAGAACUCCCGGAGAGGAAGGCCCAUCAUCAAACUAUUCCCGUCAUAAACUCGGGUGAAGAGUCGGAUGACCCUGACUAUGAACAAGGUUUUAGUAGUGAUGCGUAUUCAUCCACAAGCGAUGAUGGUGACGAGGAAGUAGACACUACCUGGGCCAAUGUGGAGCUACAAGAAUCAUAUGUUGAACCCGACGCAGUUUACUCUUCAUAUGAUGUACUGAAAGAAGCGAUGGCGAGAGAAAACAUUCGUCAAUUUUCGUCAAUUCAGAACGGAUGACAAAAGGUCACGGUCCUGGAAGGCGGUUUGCAUAGACCCGACCCUUUGCACUUGACAUAUCCAAGCAGGAGAAGGUAUGACGUCAAAAAAGUGGAAAGUAAAAAAAUAUCAACCCCAUCACAGUUUUAGGGAGGAUCCUAAAAUGGUUCGGGAUGACAGGAUCCUAACGGCCAAGAUCAUAUCCAGUGAAAUCGCUCCAAAAGUCAAAGUCGACCCGGACUACAACAUUAAACUGAUAAUGUCAGACACAUAUGAAAAAUUUAAUAUCCGUGUUUCAUAUAAAAAGGCUUGGAAUGGACGCCUGAUCGCUCUGCAGCGUAAAUUCGGCAAUUGGGAGGCGUCAUAUAAUGAACUUCCUAUGUUGUUGGAAGCUAUACAGUUUUCAAAUCCGGGGACUGUUGUUCAUUUGCAAUCACAACAGACCGACACUCCUCAUACGUCCGAAUUCCGCCCAAUGUUCUGGUCAUUCAAAGCUUCUAUAGAUGGUUUCAGAUUUUGCUUACCCGUAGUCUCGGUUGAUGGCACUCACUUAUAUGGCAAAUACAAGAGGGUUCUUCUAGUUGCGGUAGCCAUGAACGCUAACCGUGAGAUAUUUCCUCUUGCACAUGAUGUUGUUGAGAGUGAGAAUGCUGAUAGUUGGUCAUGGUUCUUUGUAAGGGUUAUGUGUGAUGUGGUUGGAAGUCAUCGUAGUGUGUGCGUUAUCUCCGAUCGUCAUGCAUGAAUUGAAAGUGCAUUUAGAGCUUGCCAGAGUUGAGAUCGCCACAAGUUUCAAAGUGUUAUUGCCUCCGUCACAUACGGAGUAAUUUCAUGACCAAGUUUAGGAACACGGAACUGAAAAAAUUAUGUUGGCAAGCUGGUAGCACUCCCACAGAACAAGAAUUUCACGAGUGUAUGGAACAAAUACGAGGCGUAAAUGAGAGUGCCUUUCUAUAUUUGAAUGAGAUUCCUGUUGAGAUGUGGGCCCUGAGCUAUGACGAUGACAAAAGAUAUGACAUUUUGACGACAAACCUUUCUGAAAGUUUUAACAAUGUCUUAAAGGGAUGCCGCACAUUGCCUAUCACAGCACUAGUAAAGGCCACAUUCGAUAAAGUCGUCCAACUAUUUGCCGAUCGACGAAAUGUGGGAAUAAUGUGGCACCAAGCUGGAUUCUUGUAUCCACAGAACAUAUGGAAGGAUGUUCUUGAGCGGUCACAGCGUAGGUAUCACACAACUAUUGUCCCGCACAAUCGAUUUCUUCGGCAGUUCCAUAUAAGACAAUAUACUCUGAAUGCUCCUUUGGCGGGUACUGAUAAUCACGACAAUCGUUCCAACAUAGUAGCUGGUGCCUUGACGUUGUGGGUGGACAUACAACAUAAUAUAUACUUUCUUGAUUAUUAUCAACAUAUGUCCCUCGAAGCAACUAAUAGGUACCGAAAAUGGUACAAGAAGCAUGGUAUGACACGUGUCCAGAACCCUUCUCACAAUGUGCCCAUGACAGGCUACACCCCGACAACACACAAUUGGGGUAUUGUGGUAAGUUUUGAAAUACAUACCAUAUUCAUUAACAUAUAUCGUGUUAUAUUAUUUACACGUGUUACAUUUUUAUGCAGAAGCAAGGCGUGCACGAUGUGUAUCAACUCUUAGCCAACCGCGCGAGUUUUGAGGACUGUCAAAAAUGACUACGGCGGAUGGCUCUGGACGUAGGUGAUGAAGAGAUGCUCCACCGGGGCAUAUUCCAUUAUGAAGAUGAAGAUGAAGGUGGAAGUGACGAAGAGGAUGAUGCAGAUGAACAUCAAGGUGGGGGUGAGCACUCACAAUCACCCCUCAAUUCUCAACACAAAGUGUCUCAUUUGAUCAACCUCCCCCUCAAUUCUCAACGCAUCAAGGUGUCUCAUUUGAUCAACCACCGCCGUAUUAUGAUUCUUAUCAGUACUCCACACAAGCGGGUGAUUAUGUUGAGUCAUUUCUGAAUUCGUCGUUUUACUAUGGAGACACAACGGGGCCUUGGAACACUAGCGGUGGGGACGGAGCAGGGCCGAGCACGCAACGUUAGAUGUAGUAUUGAAUUUAAUAUUGUAUGUACUAUCUAUUCAGUAAUAAAUUACGUUGAAAACUACAUUUGUUUUGUUCACUUCCAUUAAAAUUACAAAAAUUGCACUUAAAACAAAAUCAAAUUUGUAUCUCAUUUGACGAAUGGAUUAAAUCAAAAUUGCACUUAAAAUCACAAAAAUUGAAAUUAAAACAGAAUUCACAAUACAAAUGGAUUAAAAACAAUAGAAAGCAAUCAAAUGUUUUGUUACUCAAAAAAUUAAAAUGCUAAGUUUUCAUUUAAAAAAAUAUGUCAGGAAUCUAAAAAAACUUUUAAAUUUGGAAAGGAUAGAAUUUAAAACUUUUAGUUUUUAAAACUUUGAAAAUAAAAAACUUAACAAUUCGGCAAAAAAAAUAGAAAAACUCCUAGUCGGAAGUGGCUAAUCCGACAGGAGGGGAGGUUUUUUUCGGAAACCCUACCUCUAGUCGGAAAUGGUUGUUCCGACUCCACCUUUUUCGUAAACCCCAAAAAAAAACCCGUAUUUUGGCAACCCCAUCCCACUUUUCUUGUCUUUUGGUAAAUCACCCGUUUCUUCAUCGCUCUUCUCUGUCUUUUUCCUACAAUUCCAGAAAUCUGGGUUUUCAGCAAUUUUAGGGUUUUGUGGCGCUAAGCUGACCCCGAAAUCACAUUUGCCUAAAAUCUUGUACAUGUGAGCUCGAAGUCGAGCCUGGAGGUACGUAGAUUCCCUCCUGGUUUUGCAAAUAGAGCCAUGUUUGGGUCUUAGGUUUUGUUUGGCAUAACAAGCUGUAGCUGGAGACUAAUGUCUGAAUUAGUGACUAUUGUGUGAACGGAAGGCUGAUGUCUGAAACUGAACUUCCAAUUGGUGAAACUGAAAUAGUAACUGAAUGAAGUAGACCCGUUUGUUAAAAAGAGCUGAAAAUGUGUCUGAAAAAAGAAAAAUUACAUCUAUUAAAACAAAAACUUACUCCAUAUUAUAUAAGACCAUUUUGUAUCUUGUUAUAAAUAAUAAAUUUACGAUGUCAUUGCAGGGUGUCUAUUCACAUGAAAACUGAUUAAAAAGAACAAUGCACCCUAACAAAUAAUCACCGUCAUUAGAUUCAUAAGCUAUGCGUUCAAAUAGAUAGUUUUACCUUUUGAAAAAAACAUAUUUUAAAAAUCUACAAGACUCCUGAAAAAAUUUGUUUGCAAAAACAAUAACAAAGAAGCGAAGUAUCCAUCACAAUUAAUCAGUUAUUGGAUUAAAGUAGAAAUGUCAUACGGCCAUACCUAAAAAAUUGGAUGGAUAGGUGAUACAAAUUUUGCAGCCAUAAAUACUAGAUUAUCGGCAAAAGUUAUAGGGAUAAAUUAGGGAUUCAUUUAACCGACUGCAAUGAAAAGCUUCACACAUUAACGUUUAUAUUCAGCCUCUACAUUUCAGUUUAAACUUAGAUCAGCCCUUUCACCAAACAAGGCUACUUUUUCAAUAACCAGCCGAAAUUUAGAAAAUUCAGCUGAUUUGGAGCUGAAAUCCGCUGCCAAACAUAGCUUUAAUCGCUUUGGAACGUACCUUAGGUUUGCUUCAUUGUCAGUCAUGUCAACUGUUAUCUUCUCUUAGGCUAUGACGUAGACGCGGGUGAAGGCCUAAAAGGGAGAUCGACAUCAACGAGGAUUCCGACGAAUACCAGAGGGUUGCCGGUGGUUUGAGCGAUUGCGAAGGGUGCCGUUCGUUGUUGGCCAGGAAACGCGGCAUCGUUUGACGGACAUGCGAAGGAGCUUGAUCCGGUGAGGAGGCAUCAAGUGCAAUAGCAUCGUGGGAUUAUUGGGCCGUCAGGGCUGUGGAUGGUGAGGUAGAUUGUUGUUAGGCCCGACGUUGUUCUUCCGUGCGGAGUUGUGACCGGGCGGUUCUAAACGCGGGCAUGGACUGAGAGAUGAAAGAGGCAACAAUAUUCUAUUCAGGUGGCAGUUGUCACGGACUAAUUCUCAAACCCGUGUUACACUAGCGCACACACUCAUUGACAAGCUGGAUUACAAGGCGUUUUUCAUUCAUAGAAAAAUCCAAUUCUUGAAGCCAGUGAGAAAGAGUUUUGAGUUUGUCACAUUAGUCAUCCACAUCCGAGCAAUCGGUAAACUUGAGAUUAACAAAUUUACUUUCGAGGAGAGCUGCACGGGUACCCUUGUUCUCCUGGAACAAGGUGUUAAGACCCGGGGUUCCAUCCUAAAAGGUCAACCCGAUAGGAGGAGUAGCCCAUAUCUUAAUAUAGCACUUCGUUGGCUCAAACAUUUCCGGUGUGGGAUUUAACACCCCUCCUCACGACCAGACUCUUUGUCUGGAUCGUGUUGUCAUUCAUUUUUUUCGUUAAUUCGUCAUUGUCAUUUUUUUUAUAAUCCUGUCAAUCAUUUUUCAUAAGAAGGCCCACACCAUGGAUCGAUUUAAUUGGCUCUGAUAUCAUGUUAAGACCCGAGGUUCCAUCCUAAAAGGUCAACCUGAUAGGAGGAGUAGCUCAUGUCUUAAUAUAGCACUUCGUUGGCUCAAACAUUUCUGGUGUGGGAUUUAACACAAGAUUUUGAGACGAUCCCACAGAUCAUUGGCAGUAGUACCGGAUUUGAGGACGGUAAGCAUUAGUUCUUUGGACAUGGUAGAAAACAUCCAUCAACAAACCAACACAUCAGUUUUUGUGUAGGGCUAUCAAUGGUGCUGGGGGCACCAUCACCUUCGAUGAGGAACAUCAUAUUAUGAGCCUGGAGAUGAAGCUCAAACAAGAAAACCCCAGAGAGCAGGAUGAAUUGAUGUUCUUGGAGAAGAAGUGUCUCCAACCAUAGUGACAGGGAGGUGAGACGCAGGAAAAAAAAUGAAGGAGGCUGGACCGACUUAGUCUGAUACCAUAAAAGAGUAUAAAAUUCCUCGAGUAAAACCUUUAUAUGGUCUCAAUUUAUACAAGAGUGAGGAGAGUAUUAAAGGAAGGAGAAAUAAAUACAAGAGGAUUUUGUGUGAUAUACAAAUCAAUAAAUAAUUACAAAUCAAAUAAUUAUGUGAAGUAAUCUUAUCUAAAUAUAUUAGUCUUUUAAUUUGUUGUCAUAUUUAAGUUAUUAAUUUUGUAUGA